AUGGCAUAUGCUUCAGUUGCCCAGGCCGAGCACUCUCCCCAUCUUCCUGAGAUAUCAAGCCCUCCUCUGUCAUUCGGUUACGACUUUGCACAGCAUGGCGAAUCUUCUCAUGGGUCCCAGGGCCGACCCCGUGUAUCCUCUAUCCUUAAAUCGCUCAGUUCAAAUCAAUCGUAUGAAAUGGUGGAAGACGACGACUAUGAAGAGCCUAUGCGAACUCCAGUUGGGUUGGCACUCAAUAUGGAUGCUCCUUCUGCCUAUUCACCACCUAAAAAUGUCGCAUUCCAGUCAUCACCGGACCCUCCAAUGAGGACGGCCUCGAUCAGUCGACAUCUGCCCCUCAAUCACCCUACCCCAGAUUUGCAGACUUUGCAAGGGGCUUUGGUCAAGAAUGUGGAGCGGUUGGAAGAAAGCGCAGAACGUCUGAGUAUGACUUCAAGUCUUGAGGAUGAACUGCAUAAGAUGAGGCUCGACCAGAAAAGAAUUGAGCGCCAGUCAUCUGCCCCCGUGACGUCGGAUAAUGUUAUGAGACCGGUACCACAAAGGCAACAUUCUGCAGGUUCAUGGUCCAAUUCCAUCAUUGGUGUCAAUCAAGCCGCGCGAACUGGAGGUUAUUCACCCUCGGGAUACAUAACCUCUCCAACCGGGUCAAUACACUCCAAUUCACGCUCCAACCCACAUCCUCUUUCGAGACAUUCUUCAAAAAGUAGUCGUCGAGAUCCAUCUCUGCCCGAACCACUCUUAGAGGGACGGCCUUUGGAGUUCACAUCACCUCCACAUUCUGCUGUCACUGUAUACAACCAGGGAAUCGCCGUAUCAUCACAACCAGCACCUGUAGCGGAUGCUGACGAACUCGAGAGACCUACCACUUCCGCGUCCAAUGACACUUUUCAACAAGCCGAGGCAGCGUUCAAUGAUUUUGAUGGAGUGCACUACGUUUCAAAUUUCGCUCAUGAUCGACAGGACUCAAUCUCAAGGCGGAUAUCCUUGAAGCAACCUCCGUUGGCUAGGGACUCAAAAGCUUACCGAGAGGCACAACCCGGAGAGAAAAUGAUAUAUUACCCCGCCCCUGUGCCUGUCAUGCUCAAUCUACCACAACGACUUUCAAAAGCCAACUUUGGUGAGAAGGAGAGACGCCGUCUACAAGGCUUGAGCGGCGUUCCUGAUGAUAUGCGGAAGUCUGCCCCGUGGCUUAUGGACCAAGAUUUGAGCAAAUUGCAUGGUCCGAAACAAAGCCUCAAUCUUCCGCCUCAGUUACGAGCAAGCGCAUUUUUCGAGCAUCCAAGUAUCACCCAAAACAUACAGCUAAAGAACGGCUCGGCAGUCCAGACACUGGACAGUAUAUUAGAUGCGGCGGCUUAUGCACCUGUAAGUGCGUUCACUGACCAUCCCAUAGCCGGUCAACUGGGAAAGGAAGUCUAUGGAUCAAAUAAGAAUCCUCGAAAAAGCAUGCAAUUACAAGACGACAAGGCCAAGAGACGAAAGAGCUCGUUGAGCAACAUGCUGAAAACCAAGAGAUCAAUGUCCGGCUCGAGGCUCAGCCGCACGAAAUCACGAGACUCUAAAAUCAUGUUGGAUGGCGAUGAAUAUGCAAGCGGGGACGAACUGGAUAAAGCGGCGGCAGCUUCCAUUGCACCGGAUGAUGAUGAAGUACCAGAAGACGCGGUUGACGAUGAUGAAGAGGACGAUGAAGACGAUGAGCCCCAAGGCUUCAGUGCAGCGCCAACCACACUACUUGCUGAGCUGCAAAUGCGAAAAGAGCAGCAGAAAUUGAGAACUCGUACUGCUGCCGAUGCAUUUCCGAAUGGCAUGCACUCGACUCUACUCGAAUUGGAUGCAGUUACGCAGCUGCAGCAAAAAGCUCGCAAGACGAAACAAGUCACAUUGGCGUGGGAAGAUCAUGAUGAGGCUUCAAAGCAGCACUUCGCCGACGAUGAUGUCCCCCUAGGCAUCCUGUUUCCCGAGAAAGAAGGAAGAAGUCAUUUCAACGCUAACAAACCACUUGGACUUCUCGAAAGGCGUGAAAUGGAGGACAAUGAGCCCUUAAGUCAACGCAGGGCUAGGCUUCGAGGCGAACCAUUGCAACCAGCAAGGUCGGAAGCCAAGACCCAAAUCGAUGAGUCUGAUCGUGCGCCCAUCAUCGAAGAAAUUCCCGGUAUGAGCCAAGAUCUGGCAGAGGAAGAAGCAGAGACACUCGCCCAGAGAGCAGCCAGGAUAAAGAGAGAAAAAGAGAGGGGUACUGGAGGCCAAUUUGCCGAUGAGCUCACUAGUGAGCUAGGUCUCAAUGUCGACAAACCUCCCGAAACUUCGAAGACCCCCGACAUCGAGGAAACUCUAGGUCAAAGACGAAAGAGACUGCAACAAGAAGCUCUCAAAAAUGGCAAGACUUCCAGCAAUCCACAGCUAAGGUCAAUGCAUAGCCUGGCAGACGUCCUGCAGGCACAUCCUGUGGGCCUACAGCAAAGACAACCCUCGAAUGAAUCUAAGCUGCCAAUGCUUCAGAGAGCUCAAACUCAAGGUCCCUUGUUGUCUUUCAAUAACACAGACCCGCUAAACAACUUGCAAAGCACCAACUGGGCAUCGGCACGUCAAAACAGUGUUUUCGCUAAUGGUGCUGCUGGUAAUUUCUACCAGCAGAAUUCGCCAUAUAUGAACGCAGCAUAUAACGCCUCUACCCCUGCCAUGUAUGGUGCACCAAUGCCUAUGUACAUGCAGAAUCAGGUGGGUGGCUAUGGAUAUGGUUAUAUGCAAGGCUACGGCGGUCAACCCUAUGUCCCAGAUCCGAUGUCAGGCCCACCCUUGGACCCGAAGCAAAGACAAAAGAUUGAUCAGUGGCGCCAAAGCAUUGCGCCAUGA